GGCUGGUUGGAAGCGCUGGGUGAGGCGGGGAGGGACGGCCGCGUUCGGACCCUCCUCCCUUUCUUAUGGGAUUUUCCAGAACGGCCUGGCGAGUUUCUUAUCUUUCUUAUCGCUGUAACGUUCUAUCGGUAACUAAAGCGGGAGAAAAUUGCUUGCAUAAACAUGUUUUUGUUGGAAGCUGUGGGACAACUCCUACUUUCUGUCUCCUUUUGAUUGGCUUCCUAAAGAGGCAGUGUCCUAUAAAUUGCAGUCUGCAGUGUGCUUCGGCCCUAUUGCCGGCUGAGGGACAGCGUGCUUGAAGAAGGAAGAUGCCAAUCGUUAGAAACGUGAGCAGAGCUGUCAGCCAGCUGCUCCAAAGCUCUGCUUGUGGAUGUGGAGUUUCCAUCGUGCCUGUUCGAUGCAUUGGCAUCUCACCCCGCCAGGUGGCCUCUGAUGCUAGCUUUCACUCGGUUUCUUUUUCCGAGUCUGAUCAUCCUCGGGUGCUAAUUACAGGUGGGCUCGGCCAGCUUGGUGUGGGACUUGCUAAGCUCCUCAGGAAACGAUUUGGAAAGAACAAUGUGAUCUUGUCUGACAUUCGAAAGCCAGCAGAUCAUGUUUUCUAUAGUGGGCCUUUCAUCUACUCAGACAUCUUGGACUACAAGAAUCUACGUGAGAUAGUGGUGAAUAACCGCAUAACGUGGCUCUUCCACUACAGCGCUUUGCUCAGUGCUGUUGGAGAGGCAAACGUCCCCUUGGCCAGAGCUGUAAAUAUUACUGGUUUACACAAUGUUCUGGAUAUUGCAGCCGAGCAUAAUCUGCGACUCUUUGUUCCAAGCACGAUUGGAGCCUUUGGGCCCACCUCUCCUCGAGAUCCAACUCCUGAUCUCUGCAUUCAGAGACCAAGGACCAUCUAUGGUGUCUCCAAGGUUCAUGCUGAACUGAUGGGAGAGUACUACCAUUACCGAUAUGGCCUUGACUUUCGCUGCCUGAGGUACCCAGGAAUCAUAUCUGCCGACUCUCAGCCUGGUGGGGGAACAACUGAUUAUGCUGUCCAGAUUUUCCACGAUGCCAUUAAGACUGGCAAAUUUGAGUGCAACUUAAAGCCGGACACCCGCCUCCCUAUGAUGUACAUUGAUGACUGUCUGAAAGCAACUCUAGAGGUCAUGGAGGCCCCUGCAGAGGCACUGAGCAUGAGGACGUACAACAUCAGUGCCAUGAGUUUCACUCCUGAAGAGCUGGCUCAAGAGGUGCAGAAGCACGUUCCUGAGCUUCAGGUGACCUACAAUGUGGAUGCGGUCAGGCAGGCCAUAGCUGACAGCUGGCCAAUGAACUUUGAUGACAGCAAUGCCCGGAGAGACUGGGGAUGGAAACAUGAUUAUGACCUCCCUGAAUUGGUGUCUACAAUGUUUAGCUUCCUUGGGUCUGAUUCCAGGAUUGCUCAAGCUAACUGAAAUGUUUUAUCAGAUGUUUCCAGAUUUCCACAGAGGACCAGGAAGAAAUGGCUAAAUCAGUUGUAUAGUUUUGAGUCUUAAAGCAUGUCAAUUAUUAGCUUUCCUAAGUAGCAAUGGAGUUGGGCAGAAGUGCAGUGUAGCUGGAAUGCUCUGUUUGAUAAACAACAUCAUCAGGUGCUGUCUCCAAGCACCCAUAGUACAGAAUUCUAGAACUUUCACAUUCAAGGAACUAGGAACAAAAAGCAUGAAUCUCCAGUCAUUCUUUCUGCCUCAUAUCCAGCAAGCAACAUGGGGCAGUACUGAAAACCUGAUGUUUCAGGAAGAUCCCACUGUGUUAAAACUGUUUUUCAUUUCCCUAGUGGAGGUUAUCAGAUGGUAGUAAUCUAUGAUUCUUUCCUCUCUGCUUACAGAAGAGAGAAAUGAGCUACUUGACGUUUCCAAAUUGCAGGCAGGGUUUUUGCAACUCUAGUUUGAAGUCAAAUUUUGGUUAGUGUUUCAUAUUUAUAUAUAUUACUGUAUAAACAUACCGUGUGUAGGGCAUACAAAGUAACUUCUUUCUUAUAAUGCCUAUGAAUGUGAAGAGGAAUAUAACUUGAAUUCUCUUUGUGCUUUAAAAAUGACAGGGUUUACAAGCUAAGCUUUUCCUACUAUUUCAAAAUGCUGCUGCCAUCAUUUUAACAUCAGUAAAUCCGAAACACAGAAAGCUGUUACAUUUAUGAGAAUUCAGGGUUUAUCUCAAGAAGACAAUGCCCAGGAGUGGGGUUAUUGUUAAUUAGUGCUACUUCUGCUUAUCCCUGUUGUUUGCUAUGCUAGCAUUAUGACAUGCUGCCUGGAGCAAGUUCUAAAGUUGGGCUGAUGAUGGAGAUUUAUUUACGUUAGAGUCAGGCCGGCCUUUGAAAUCUGUUCAUGUUGGCUGCUUCUGUAUGUGCUGCAGAUGUGUUUGUAGAUGCUAUUUAUGUGUAACUGUGGUACACUUCUGUUCUUUAGAGAGGAUUCCAGAGGCUGAAACCAUCUCCUAGCUACAGUUACGCGUGUUCUGCUCAUUGACUUUAAUGCGCAGGAGAUUCUGGGAUUAACAAGGGAAUCAUAGUAGAAGGAUGCAGAGAAGAUAUGUGUAUCCAAAAGCUACUCACGAGACUUUGAAAGUGAGAAAUGGCAGGCUGGAGAGACAGGAAAGCCUUUUAAGGUAAAACAGCAGUCUUGAAUCCGAGCCAUGGGCUGCUAUAGGAAUAUAGUAUGCCUUGAGAAGCAACAUCUGGAAACUUGGAUUGUGUUCUACUUUUUCCAAAGAAAAAAUGACUGGAAAUCCCCUAGAUGAAGCUCUCCAUCUUUUUUUUGUCUUGUAUACUCCAGCUGCCCUUGUAGGUAUUACAUUCAGUGUUUUCUGGUCUGUGUUGUUCACCAAGUUCUCUGUGGCAAGGCCUUGGUAACUGUGAGCCUGCUUCACUCUGUGACCCUGCAGUGUUUCUUCAGUUAGUGGCUAACUGACGUGACCUGGUUUCUGUCACUUUGUGAGGGAAUCUCCAUGCUACAGGGAAAAUGGUUUUCUCAUGAAGUAACCUUCCAAGAUGAUAUGGUGAAAACCAGAAAUCAUUUUAAACACGUAUUAAACUUGUGUCUCUUGGUUU